UGUCUCCCCUCUAGUUUUACUGCCUGUAUUUUUGCCACCCGGGAAACAUCCCUCUAUUUUGCUGUUCAGUGCCACCAUGUCAGACUUUGAAUACCAUGGAGGCCCUCAGGAAGAAGAGGAUGAGGAGCAGGGAGAAGGAGAAGGAGAACGGCCAAAAUACAAACCGGUCACACAGCUCGCUGCCCCUAAAAUCCCUGAGGGGGAGAGGGUUGACUUUGAUGUAUGUUCCUUCAAGGAUAUCCAUCGGAAAAGGAUGGAGAAAGAUCUCCUGGAGCUGCAGACUCUGAUUGAUGUGCACUUUGAGCAGAGGAAGAAAGAAGAGCAGGAGCUGAUUGGACUCAAACGGAGGAUUGAAAGACGUCGUGCAGAAAGGGCUGAGCAGCAGCGUGUCAGGGCUGAAAAAGAGCGCGACAGACAGACGCGGAUUGCGGUGGAGAGACAGAGGAAAGAAGACGAAGAGGCGAGGAAGAGGGCAGAGGAUGAGGCCAAGAAGAAGAAAGUGCUCUCCAACAUGGGGGCUCACUUUGGAGGGUUCCUGGCCAAGGUAGAGCAGAGGCGUGGCAAAAGGCAAACUGCGAGGGAAAUCAAGAGGAAGACUCUGGCAGAGAGACGCAAGCCCCUGGCUAUUGAGUCCAUGAGAGAGGACGGCCUGAGAGAGAGAGCCAGGGAGAUGUGGGAAUGUAUCUACCAGCUGGAGUCAGAGAAGUUUGACCUGACAGAGAAGACGAAGAGGCAGAAGUAUGAGGUCAGAGUCCUCCUGAACAGAAUCCAGCAGGCUCAGAAAUUCAAAAAGGUGCACGGUAAGGGGAAGGUCGGAGGACGCUGGAAGUGAACACGCACAGAGGCAAAAAGAAGACUAGUUAAAGGACAAGAUUUCCAGUGUGGGAUUUAUUGAAAUAUAUAUCCACUCACAUUUGCAACACAUUUUGUAUCUGUAAAAUACAAACAGUAAAAUUGACAUUUUCUAGCAGUGUCAUUGAAAUCUAAAAUGAAACAAUCACAGUUGCUUAUUUUUAGCUGUACACAUAAAUCAGUUCUGUAUGUGAUCUUGUAAAGUGACUGUGAUGAUGUGAAGCAAUAUAAACUUUGCUAAUGCAUAUUGUGAUAAAACUGCUGAAAAUGGGAGCAAAUAAACAAAACACAUUUA